CAUUGGUGACGCAUCGCGUGGGUCCGUCAGGUGACGGUGCGUGGUAUCAGCCAUCUUGUGUUGUUGGGCUUGUGGAUUCGCUUCGAGUGGGAAGCAGUGAAAGAUUUUCAUUCUCUUUAUAAAAUAUUAAAGAAACAGAAGGCAUUAUGACAGCCGAGACGCAGACUCUAAACUUUGGUCCUGAAUGGCUUAGGGCACUGUCUAGUGGAGGUUCGGUUACCUCCCCACCACUUUCUCCUGCGUUGCCAAAGUACAAACUUGCGGACUACCGGUAUGGACGAGAAGAGAUGUUAGCACUUUAUGUGAAGGACAACAAGGUUCCUUCAGACCUUCUGGACAAGGAAUUCUUGCCUAUUUUAAAAGAAGAGCCUCUACAACCAUUGGCACUUGUUCCAUUCACUGAGGAGGAACAGGUGGUGAGAGUCCUCGAUCCAUUACUCUUGGGAAUUACUCUUCUCUAUAUUUAAACAAGGAAAAAAGCGCUAGUUCAUGGAAAAAAAAGGAAGUGUACAAUUCCCCCUAUCAUUAACCUGCUAAACAGUAUGUACCUGCAACAUGCUCUAGGAUAAGUGCAGUAUCAUAUAUUAAGAAUUAAUCAAACAAAUUUAAUUAAUCAACACAUAAAUUGGUAAAAAUGUAUACAUAUACUUCAUAAAAAAACAUUCAUAUUAUUCAUAAAAGAUACAAUAAAAACAUUUCAUCCUAAAACCAAGCAUUGAAUCUUUAAAGGGACAGUCUAGUAUAAAUUAAACGUUCAUUAUUCAGAUAGGAUUUUUAAUUUGAAUCAACUUUCCAAUUUACUUUUAUCAUCAAAUUUGCUUUUUUCUCUUGGUAUUCUUAGUUUUAAACUAAACAUAGGUAGGGCUCAUAUGCUAAUUUCUAAGCCUUUGAGGGCUGCCUCUUAUCACAUGCUUUUUAAAUCUCUUUUUAACACAAAGAGACAAAGUACACGUGGGCCAUAUUGAUAACACACUGUUCAGGCACAGGGGGUUAUUUAAGAUUUAGCACAAAACAAUGCUAAAUUUAGAGACAGUCUACACCAGAAUUGUUAUUGUUUUAAAAGAUAGAUAGUCCCUUGUUUACCCAUUCCCUAGUUUUGCAUAACCAACACAGUUAUAUUUAUAUAUUUUUUACCUCUGUGAUUAUCUUGUAUCUAAGCCUCUGCAGACUGCCCCUUUGUUCUUUUGACAGACUUGCAGUUUAGCCAAUCAGUGAUAGCUCCCAGGUAACUUCACGUACACGAGCACAGUGUUAUCUAUAUGAAAAACAUGAACUAACACCCUCUAGUGGUGAAAAGCCUGUUAAAAUGCAUUCUUAAGAGGCGGCCUUCAAGGUCUAAGAAAUUAGCAUAUGAAUCUCCUAAGUUAAGCUUUCAACUAAGAAUACCAAGAGGACAAAGAAAAAUUGGUGAUAAAAGUAAAUUGGAAAAUUGUUUAAAAUUACAUGCCCUAUCUGAAUCAUGAAAGUUUUUUUUGGACUAGACGGUCCCUUUAAGACAAUAGAUAAUAAACAGUCACAGUCGUGUGAUCAGGGGGCUGGAAGAAGUUUCCUAGAUACAAGGUAAUCACAUAGGUGAAAAGUAUAUUAAUAUAACUGUGUUGGUUAUGCAAAUCUGGGGAAUGGGUAAUAAAAGGAUUAUCUAUCUUUUAAAACAAUAACAAUUCUAUGAUAGACUGUCCCUUUAAGCAUAUAAAGUCCAUUGAGGAUCCAAAGCUUCCAAACAGUUGUUGAUACUAGAAGCAAGAGAGACAAAGUCCCGUUACAAGCAAUAAGGUUUUUCAACACAAUGGUGUAUUUCAGUACUUAAACUGUGUAGUUUUGAUUCCGGUCCUGUUAGCUGCUUCAGCGUUUAGGGGCAAUGAUGCGGAGCUUCAAACUAAGUUGCAGUCCCAGCAAUGUUCCUUUCUCACCCCCGUUCUCUGGGUUUUUUUUAGGGGUAUUCUAAUAACGAGGCAUAGCACACAAACUUGCAGCCAAGGCAAAGAUUCCCAAACCUCAAGAACUCUAUAAAACCUGUUUCACAUUCCUCAGUCUUUACUUUGCCUCAGCUGGAGGUGGUUGAAGAAUGAAGAUGUGCAUUUAAUUCCUCAGAGAGGGGUUUUCAGUCUAUAUUGAGGCCCGGUUUCCCCUCAGUACAGUACUUGUAAGAGGGAUGUAUAUGGGGUAUGGUUUGUGAUUCUUUUUUACCUCAUAGGAUUUUUUUUUUUUUUUUUAAAACCCUCCAUACUUGUUUGUAGGGACUUGUUUUUAGCCUUCCUUCAUGGAUGCACAAUAUUCUCCUAUUCCAUAACUUUUGCUGAUAUAUUUCGUUACUAGUUUGGCUGUCUGCUGCUUGAUUGCUAGUGGGCGAGUGUCUAUUAGUGAGUAUCUUUUAUUAACAUUUUGAUACUCCUACAGCUAUGUUAUCUGCAUUUUUUAAGUUUAUGUAUAUGGCCCUGGGACAGAUCCUUUACACUUAUUCCCUUGCUGGUUUGCAUGCGUCUGCUUUUUUGACGCUCUUAGUUUUGUUUAGACUCUGGUCCGUAUUAAACCUGUAAUCAAGCCAAUUUCUCCUCCGUGGAAUCUUAACUUGGUGUUAAGGGUUUUGCAGUCUCCUCCUUUUGAACCUAUGCAUAAAAUGAACAUAAAACUACUUUUCUUGGAAAGUUAUUUCUUUUGGCUAUUUCUUCUGCUACAAGAGUUUGAGUUAUCUGCUCUUUCUUGUGAUUCUCCUUAUCUGAUUUUUCAUCUUAAGGCCGUUUUACUGAACUAAUUUGAUUUAUUGCCUAAGGUUAAGACAUAAGCAGAGAGUUUUAUUGUUGCUUCUUUGUGUCCUAAUCUUAAGAUCUUUGCUUUCUUUGGAUGUUGUUAGGACAUAGAAAUAUUACAUUAAUACUACUACAGACUUUAGACUAACUUCUAAUUUGUUAAUCAUAUUUUCUGGUCCUAGGAAGGGUCAGAAAGCUUUUGCUUUUUCUUUGGCCUCUUGGAUGAAACUUUUUUUGAUUCAGGAAGCUUUCUUGGAGGCAGGUCAACCUCCACGGCAGCGGAAUACUGCUCAUUCUAUUAGGUCAGUUGCCACUUCUUGAGCUUUCAAGAAUGAUGCUUCGGUUGAUCAGAUUAGCAAGGCAGCUACUUGGUCGGCUUUUGCAUACUUUUCUCGAGGUAGCUGUCUGAUUUUUUUUUUUUUUUCUUCCUUUUUUUUUAAUACACUUAAAAUAAAUCAAAGACAAAUUAUUGGAGUUGUGGAUUUAUUUUCUCAGUGAUUUUUUUUUUUUAAAAGCCCUCCCUUUGUUAUUACUCAUGGACUCCGCAGCUUUAUUAUUAGUUCCCAUGAGUAAUGGAUCGUAGAAUCUCACCACCUGUAUGAAAGAAAACAUCCUUUCUUUCAAAGAAAGGAUGAGUCCAUGGAUCGUCUAAUUACUAUUGGGAAUAUCACUCCUGCCCAGCAGGAUGCGGCAAAGAGCAUCACAGCAAAGCUGUUAAAUAUCACAUCCCUUCCCUCCAACCCCAGUCAUUCUCUUUGCCUACGCUUGAGUAAGGAAGUGGUAAAGUUAGUGUCUGAGAAGAUUUGUCAAUCAAGAUUUUUUUUUAAUUGAAGUAAAAGUAUGUGCUGUUUUUCCUCUUGGGUGUAGCCAUAGUCCAUUUCAGUCUCUUCAGUAGAGCAUUGGUGGCUUUUAAACAAAUGGAACUUGUGGGACAUAAUUCUCACUAAGCCUCCCUAAAAUUUAAAUAGUGCUGCCCUUUUUAUUAUUUAUCCACAGGUCUAUGUGAGGGAGAGGACCUCUCAAACCUAGUGAGCUGCCUUGCUACCAGGCAAAAUUUAUUGAGGUAAGUGCUAAAUUUAUUUCUCCUACAUUGGUGUAUCCGGUCCACGGCUUCAUCCUUACUUGUGGGAUAUUCUC